AUGGCGCCGGCAGAAAUCCUGAACGGGAAGGUGGUCUCCGCGCAAAUAAGGGAGAGACUGAAGAACCAAGUCACUCAGAUGAAGGAGGAAGUACCUGGUUUCACACCAGGCCUGGCAAUUUUACAGGUUGGCAACAGAGAUGACUCUAAUCUUUAUAUAAAUGUGAAGUUGAAGGCUGCUGAGGAGAUCGGGAUCAAAGCCAUGCACAUUAAGUUACCCCGAACGGCCACGGAAUCUGAGGUGUUAAAGUGCAUCACAUCAUUGAACGAAGACCUCACUGUGCAUGGGUUCAUAGUGCAGCUACCUUUAGAUUCAGAGAAUCCCAUUAGCACUGAAACAUUGGUCAAUGCUAUUUCCCCCGAAAAAGAUGUGGACGGAUUGAAUAGCAUCAGUGCUGGAAAACUUGCUAGAGGGGACCUUAAUAACUGUUUCAUCCCUUGUACACCCAAAGGAUGCUUGGAACUCAUCAAGGAGACAGGGGUGCAGAUUGCCGGAAGGCACGCUGUGGUGGUCGGGCGCAGUAAAAUCGUCGGUGCCCCAAUGCAUGACUUGCUCCUGUGGAACCAUGCCACAGUGACCACGUGCCACUCCAAGACUGCCAAUCUGAACGAGGAGAUAAGUAAAGGUGACAUCCUGGUGGUUGCAACUGGUCAACCUGAAAUGGUGAAAGGGGAGUGGAUCAAACCUGGGGCGAUAGUCAUCGACUGUGGGAUCAAUUACGUUACAGAUGAUACAAAACCAAAUGGGAAGAAAAUUGUGGGUGAUGUAGCAUACAGGGAGGCCAAGGAGAGGGCAAGCUUCAUCACCCCUGUUCCUGGUGGCGUCGGACCCAUGACAGUGGCGAUGCUAAUGCAGAGCACAGUAGAGAGUGCAAAGCGUUUCUUGGAGAAAUUUAAGCCAGGAAAGUGGAUCAUUCAGUAUAACAAACUUAACCUGAAGACACCCGUGCCAAGUGACAUUGAUAUAUCACGGUCUUACAAGCCAAAGCCCAUUGGUAACCUGGCUCGAGAAAUUGGUCUGCGCGCUGAAGAGGUAGAAUUGUAUGGUGAAACCAAGGCUAAAGUUCUGCUCUCAGCAUUGGAACGGCUGAAGCACCAGCCUGACGGGAAAUACGUGGUGGUAACUGGAAUAACUCCAACACCCCUGGGGGAGGGGAAGAGCACAACCACGAUUGGGCUGGUGCAGGCCCUCGGCGCCCAUCUCCAUCAGAAUGUCUUUGCGUGUGUGCGACAGCCUUCUCAGGGGCCCACCUUUGGAAUAAAAGGUGGCGCUGCAGGCGGUGGCUACUCUCAGGUCAUUCCUAUGGAAGAGUUUAAUCUCCACCUCACUGGCGACAUCCAUGCCAUCACUGCAGCUAAUAACCUUGUGGCCGCAGCCAUUGAUGCCCGUAUGUUCCAUGAAGAGACCCAGACAGACAAGGCUCUUUUUAAUCGUUUGGUGCCAUCAGUAAAUGGAGUGAGAAAGUUCUCCGAUAUCCAAAUCCGAAGGUUGCGGAGACUAGGCAUUGAAAAGACUGACCCUGCCACACUGACAGAUGAAGAGAUAAACAGAUUUGCAAGAUUGGACAUUGAUCCAGAAACUAUAACUUGGCAAAGAGUGCUGGAUACCAAUGAUAGAUUCCUGAGGAAGAUCACAAUCGGACAGUCUCCAACGGAGAAGGGACACUCACGGACGGCCCAGUUUGAUAUCUCUGUGGCCAGUGAAAUCAUGGCUGUCCUGGCUCUCACCAGUUCUCUAGAAGACAUGAGAGACAGACUGGGCAAAAUGGUGGUGGCGUCCAGCAAGAAAGGGGAGCCCAUCAGUACUGAGGAUCUGGGAGUGAGUGGAGCAUUGACAGUUCUUAUGAAGGACGCCAUCAAGCCCAAUCUCAUGCAGACUUUAGAGGGCACUCCAGUAUUUGUUCAUGCUGGGCCGUUUGCCAACAUUGCACACGGGAAUUCCUCCAUCAUCGCAGACAGGAUUGCACUCAAGCUUGUCGGUCCCGAAGGAUUUGUAGGCAAGUACUUUUGCAAAAGCAGUGAUAGACCAUUUUUCUUUCAGCAUCAAGGGAGUUGGGGUAGCAUUUUUACAGUUGCUUUUGUCCUUACAGUGACUGAAGCAGGAUUCGGAGCAGACAUUGGAAUGGAGAAGUUCUUUAACAUCAAAUGCCGGUAUUCUGGUCUCCGCCCACACGUGGUGGCACUUGUCGCCACUGUCAGGGCUCUGAAAAUGCAUGGAGGUGGUCCCACGGUUACUGCUGGACUCCCACUUCCCAAGGCCUACAUAGAGGAGGACCUGGAGCUGGUUGAAAAAGGCUUCAGUAACUUGAAGAAACAAAUUGAAAAUGCCAGGAUGUUUGGCGUUCCAGUGGUAGUGGCCGUGAACGCCUUCAAGACAGAUACAGAGGCUGAGCUGGACCUCGUCAGCCGCCUCGCCAAAGAACAUGGCGCUUUUGACGCCGUGAAGUGCACUCACUGGGCAGAAGGGGGCAAGGGUGCCCUGGCGCUGGCUGAGGCCAUCCAGAGGGCAGCUGCGGCCCCCAGCAGCUUCCAGCUCCUCUACGACCUCAAGCUCCCAGUUGAGGACAAAAUCAGGAUUAUUGCGCAGAAGAUAUAUGGAGCUGACGACAUUGAAUUGCUCCCCGAAGCCCAGCACAAAGCAGAAGUCUACACCAAGCAGGGCUUUGGGAAUCUGCCCAUCUGCAUGGCCAAGACACACUUGUCCUUGUCUCACAACCCGGAGCUAAAAGGCGUGCCUACUGGCUUCAUCCUGCCCAUUCGCGACAUCCGCGCCAGCGUCGGGGCCGGCUUUCUGUACCCUCUGGUGGGAACGAUGAGCACCAUGCCUGGACUCCCUACCCGGCCCUGUUUCUAUGAUAUUGAUUUGGACCCUGAAACUGAGCAGGUGAAUGGGCUAUUCUAA